AUGGCUAUCCUGGACAAAGACCGCCCGCGCGGUCUGCGAGUGCCUUCGCUUUCCUCCUUUAGAUCCAAACACAAGUCACCGGAGCCAACGCCUACAAUCCAACUGCCUUCACCCUCGCAGUUGACUCUUCAAACAGAUUCAAUACCGGUGUCUUCUUUCAAGCCAGCCGAAAAGGCAUUGCCCCCUCAACCGCUGCCGUCUCCGCCACAGCAAUCUACGCCCGGGGUAGUGAACCCAUACCCAUCUCCGCCGCAGACGUACAACAAUCCACCCACUCCAGUCUCUGUCCAGAACUCGACCCCGAAUCGAACUGUUGGCAAUGUUUUCCCCAUCCAUGCUCCACUACCUGCUCUACCCGCUGAUAGGCCUAUGCCCCGGCCUAUCCCUCAGUCAACGACUCCCCCAGCCCGGCGACCGAUUCCAAAAUCUACAACGGCGCCACAGCCGGUAGCAGCACCGACGCCAGUACAUGCACCUGCGCCCAUACCUGCACCCGUUCCUGUUUCGCCAGUGAACAAUCUUGUCACGCAACAGAGAACCCCGCCAUUAAGCGAAGGGGAGCCCGAGCAGAGAAAAUCAAACGACACUAGCGACUCACUCGAAGACCUCAUCCCCUCGCCCGAACCAGAGCCGGAACUGAACGGCAUCAGCGGCACACCCAACGAAGCCGGUUCUGGUGAAGAGGACGCCAGACCAUUUACACCACCAGAGGUCGAACCAGUUGCUGUCCCGCUCAACAAACUGCACUAUGCCUGUUAUCAGGACCACUGCGCAAUGCCGGCCGUUGGGAACGUGUGGUAUGCACUACCAUGCAUGACAUGUCAGAAAUUUGACCGUGAGAUCCGACAUCGAUGCGUUUUCUGCUGCCUGCGUGUCUGCGCGGACUGUUUCCAGGCGCUGCAGAAAUGCCAGCGCCGCUCGCUGGCGCAACUGAUGGAAACCAUCUCAUCCAACAUUAGUGCAACUGAUCAGCCAUCAGCAGCGGAACUUUGA